CGCCGCGGUGCGGACGUUGAAGCCCAAGGAAACGAAGAGCCAGCCGGGUAGGGAGCGGUCGUGAGGCCGUGUUGCUGUCGCUUGGAGCCGCCGCUGACGAGUCCCGGGGACGUACGGCCGAGACAGUGAAAAAGCAGUCUGGCUCCCGAGGUCCACCCCUUACACCCCAGGGUCCAGAUGGCGGCCAACGUGGGUGAUCAGCGUAGCACGGAUUGGUCCUCUCAGUACAGCGUGGUGGCGGGGGCCGGCAGAGAGAAUGGCAUGGAGACUCCCAUGCACGAGAACCCGGAGUGGGAGAAGGCCCGCCAGGCCCUGGCCAGUAUCAGCAAAGCGGGAGCCGCCGGGAGCUCCGCCAAGGCCAGCAACAACGGGCCUGUGGCCAGUGCACAGUACGUGUCACAGGCAGAAGCCUCGGCUCUGCAGCAGCAGCAGUACUACCAGUGGUACCAGCAGUACAACUACGCCUACCCGUACAGCUACUAUUACCCCAUGAGCGUGUACCAGAGCUACGGCUCCCCCUCCCAGUACGGGAUGGCCGGCUCCUACGGCUCAGCCGCACCCCAGCAGCCGGCCGCGCCCCAGCACCAAGGGACCCUGAACCAGCCGCCAGUCCCGGGCAUGGACGAAGGCAUGUCCUACCAGGCGCCCCCUCAGCAGCUGCCCGCGGCCCAGCCCCCUCAGCCCUCCAACCCCCCGCACGGGGCUCAUCCUCUGAGCAGCGGCCCGCAGCCCGGGACCGCCCCCGCCGCCCCGCACAGCCAGGCGGGCCCCGCCUCGGGCCAGGCCUACGGGCAGCACACCUACAGCGAGCCCGCCAAGCCCAAGAAGGGCCAGCAGCUGUGGAACCGCAUGAAGCCGGCCCCUGGGACAGGGGGACUCAAGUUCAACAUUCAGAAACGGCCUUUUGCUGUCACGAGCCAGAGCUUCAGUUCCACCACGGAGGGCCAGCACAGCAGCUUCGGCCCCCAGCCCAACCCCGAGAAAGCCCAGAACCACAGGGGGAACCUGUCUGGGAAGCCCGACGACUGGCCGCAGGACAUGAAGGAGUACGUGGAGCGCUGUUUCACCGCCUGCGAGUCGGAGGAGGACAAGGACCGGACAGAGAAGCUGCUCAAGGAGGUGCUGCAGGCGCGGCUGCAGGACGGCUCCGCCUACACCAUCGACUGGAGCCGGGAGCCCCUGCCGGGGCUGACGCGGGAGCCUGUGUCUGAGAGCCCCAAGAAGAAGCGGUGGGAGGCCCCUAGCAGCCUGCACCCUCCCCGGGGGGCAGGCUCAGCGACCAGGGGCGGGGGUGCCCAGUCCCAGCGAGGGACGCCCGGGGCUGGGGGUGCUGGCCGAGCCCGGGGCAGCAGCUUCGCCAAGUUUGGCAACCGCAAUGUCUUCAUGAAGGACCACAGCUCCUCCUCCAGCACGGACUCGCGCUCCCGCUCCUCCUCCCGGUCCCCGACCCGCCACUUCCGCCGCAGUGACUCCCACUCGGAUUCCGACAGUUCCUACUCAGGGAAUGAGUGUCACCCUGUGGGUCGCAGGAACCCACCCCCCAAGGGCCGGGGAGGCCGGGGGGCCCACAUGGACCGGGGCCGAGGCAGGGCGCAACGUGGGAAGAGGCACGAUCUAGCCCCCACCAAGCGCAGCCGCAAGAAGAUGGCGGCCCUGGAGUGCGAGGACCCCGAGCGUGAACUAAAGAAGCAGAAGCGGGCGGCGCGCUUCCAGCACGGACAUUCCCGCCGCCUGCGCCUGGAGCCCCUGGUGCUGCAGAUGGGCAGCCUGGAGAGCAGCGGGGCUGACCCCGACUGGCAGGAGCUGCAGAUCGUGGGCACCUGCCUCGACGUCACCAAGCACUACCUGCGUCUCACCUGCGCCCCCGACCCGUCCACUGUGCGCCCCGUGGCAGUCUUGAAGAAGUCGCUGUGCAUGGUCAAGUCCCACUGGAAGGAGAAGCAGGACUACGCCUUUGCCUGCGAGCAGAUGAAGUCCAUCCGGCAGGACCUGACGGUGCAAGGUGUGCGCACCGAGUUCACGGUGGAGGUGUACGAGACCCACGCCCGCAUCGCCUUGGAGAAGGGCGACCACGAAGAGUUCAACCAGUGCCAGACGCAGCUCAAGUCGCUGUACGCGGAGAGCCUGCCCGGCCACGUGGGCGAGUUCACUGCCUACCGCCUCCUCUACUACAUCUUCACCAAGGACUCAGGAGACAUCACCACGGAGCUGGCGUACCUGACGCGGGAGCUGAAGGCAGACCCCUGCGUGGCCCAUGCCUUGGCACUCAGGGCAGCCUGGGCUCUAGGCAACUAUCACCGCUUCUUCCGGCUCUACUCUCACGCGCCCUGUAUGUCUGGCUACCUCGUGGACAAGUUUGCAGACCGGGAGCGCAAGGCUGCCCUCAAGGCAAUGAUCAAAACGUAUGUGAAGCCGAGCUCUCCCCCAGCCCUCUGCUCUGCGGCCCCGCCGCCACCCUCCUCCCGUCUACUCCCCGCUCCACACGCUCCUGGGCCACCAGGCCUCGGCUCCCCUGGUCUCCGCUCCCCACCGGGUCCUGGUCUUCCCUCCCCUCUGGUCCCUCCGCUUCCCUGGGCACAGCCCACCCUCCUCUGUGUCUCCUCUCCUCUGUCAUCUCUUUCUCCGCUCUGGGGUCUCACGUCCCUCUGCCUCUCUCUGUCUCCUGCUCACAUCACCCUGGACCCCACUUGGUCUUCAUGCUCCGGGCUCCCCUUCCUCCAAGGCCUCUGCCCACCUUCCUGGCUCUCCUGUGGCUGAGCUCCUGCUCUGUGGGGACGACCAGCAAAGCCAGCCCUGCUUGGGCAGCUGUGGUCUCAGGGGCAGGGCCCUGCGCCCACUUGGCACUUUUCAAGAGCACAGAUGUGACUAGGGACCAGGUGUGAGGGAGGCAGGGGCAAGCUAGGCCGGGACGGUACCCAUCUGCUCACCAGGGGAGGGGUGUGCUCCCAUUCUCGGUUGGGAGGGAGACACCCCCAGGCGAUGUCAGGACACCUCUUCCAUUGUCACAACCGGGGGUCCUUCUGGCCUCUAGUGGGUGGAGGCCGGGGAGGCCACUCACUGUCCUGCAGUGCGCAGGUCGGCCCGCCCCAGUGUCAGUCUUGCUGAGGCUGGAAAGCCCUGGCCAGAGGUCCCAGGAGCCUUGAGUGCCACGGCAGUUUGUUGGGAGCAAUGGGAUGGUUUGGAGCUGGGGAGGGACACUCAACCUGAAGGUUAGGAGACUCUAGGAUCCUCUUUGGGUCAAGAAGAUUUAAGGGUGAGGUGGAGCCAAGGCAGGGGCCGUGGGGGCAGAGAGGAGGGCGUGAGACACACACAGGAGGCAGGGUGCACGGGACCUGGUUUCCAACCCAGGAGGGAAGAGGAGCCCGUGUACCUGAAGGAGGCUGGGCCGCCCCCGGGCCCGCCCUCUGCGUCCCUCGGCAGUUUCCAGGCUCCCGUCUGCUCCCGGGGCUGUAGGCAGGCGGGCAGGCCACCGCUUCCUCCACAGCACGUGCUGCUGCUUCCUCAGCAUGUGUGGGCUUGGUCUGUGGGAGGGGGCUCCAGCCUGUCAUUGGCCUCAUAGUCUUGUGUCCUCCUGCUUCUGGUGGUGGCACAGCUUCUCCGUGGCAGACACGUCCCUCCCAGAGCUCGCUGGGUCUGGGCCAGGCCCCGUGUGAGUGGGCAGCAGGCUCUCCUGUGCCCGCCACCCCCCAUGGACAUCCGGAGCCAACAGAGUUAGGGCUUGAGGCAGGACUGGUUUGAGUAUCUCCUGCCACUCACUCGCUUGGUGAGAGUGGCCGAGGGGCUCUGGCGCCGCGCUGUCCUGCGUCCGUGUGUCUGUAAAGGCUAGGGCGACCAGCUUCCGGGCGGGAAUUCAGUGAGUUCACAAAGAAGAGCCACUUCCUAGCACAGGCCUCAUGGCACGGCACCCCAGUCAGGGCAAGCAGGAGGGGCGGUUGUCGUCGUGUUCCCCACCCCCCCCCACCCCCCC